AGAGGGUUCUGUCUGGUAAAAAUGAUGUCUCUGAAUAACAAGAAGACGUCUACCAGUCAACACAACCACAACAACAACAUGCCCUUCAUGUUGCACUGUCACAUCGGAAAGGAAAUCAAGCACAUUUGCAGCAACUGCAGCCGCGGCAACGAUUCACAGGAGGCAGAGGAGGUGGAAAGGCUGUCAGCAAUGCGCUCAGAGUCCCUGGUCCCUGGAACACACACCCCGCCCAUUCGCCGCAGGAGCAAGUUUGCUACACUUGGCCGUCUCUUCAAGCCCUGGAAGUGGAGGAAGAAGAAGAGUGAGAAGUUUAAGCAGACCUCUGCCGCGUUGGAGAGAAAGAUGUCUGUGAGACAGAGCAGGGAUGAGCUGAUCAAGCGUGGGGUGCUCAAAGAGAUCUUUGAGAAAGCCACCGUUGACUUCCGGUCCUCUGUGGAGGGCGGAGUCUGUCCUCAGGACCCUUCCAUUAAGUCGUCCAUGGUUUUGCCUCCUAAGAAGUCUGUUGCCUUUCUCAGUGAUGUUCAGGACACCCCUGCCAAGCCCCCCCUCUUCCACAAACAGCCCCCAGCACUACCCCCAAAACCCUUUUCUAGGCUUACCAGUCACAGCACAGACUCCUGCCAGCAGUUGAACUUGCCCUGUCUGCAGGGGAAGCUGUCUCCUCCUCUACCUCCUAAGAAAGUGAUGAUCUGUGUGCCUCCUGCCGGGCUGGAGUCAGGCUCCUCCUCCUUCCCCCAGAAGUGCUCCUCAAGUGGGCUCCAUCCCUCAGGCCUGGGGGUACACCACAGCCACUCCCAUCAGCUCCAGUAUGGCAACAUGCCUGGACCCCUCCACCCACCCAGCCGCAUUAUAGAGGAGCUGAACAAGACCCUCGCACUCACCAUACAGAGACUGGAGAGCUCUGCAUUGCAUGCUGGGCAGUGUAGUCUUCUGGAUGGCCGGACAGUGCCCACAGUGGUCAUUGACUGUGAGGAUGACAAAGAGAACAUGCCCAACGAGUCAGACUAUGAGGACCUGCCCAGCAUGUACAAAGAUGAAGAGGAAGAGGAGGAGGAAGAAGACGACGACGAUGAUGAUGAUGAUUCCCUCUUCACAAGUACCCUGGCUCUAAAGGUGGUGAGAAAAGAUUCCCUGGCAAUGAAGCUGAGUAAUAGGCCAUCAAAAAGAGAACUGGAGGAGAAGAACAUCAUACCAAUGCAGACAGAUGAGGAGAGACUGGAGUCCAGACAGCAGAUUGGCACCAAGCUCACACGGAGGUUAAGCCAGAGACCAACGCCUGAGGAGCUGGAGCAGAGGAAUAUCCUCAAACCACGGAAUGAGCAAGAAGAGAUGGAGGAGAAGAGAGAGAUUAAACGAAGACUAACACGAAAGCUCAGCCAGAGGCCCACGGUGGAGGAGCUGCGACAGGCUAAGAUCCUGAUCCGCUUCAGCGACUACGUAGAGGUGGCAGACGCUCAGGACUACGACCGACGGGCAGACAAACCGUGGACGAGACUCACGGCGGCCGACAAGGCUGCCAUACGUAAAGAACUCAAUGACUAUAAGAGUAAUGAGAUGGAAGUGCAUGAGUCAAGCCGUCAUUUAACCAGGUUCCACAGACCGUAG